AUGGCCAAUGCAUUUUAUAAAACUCGGGAUGGUGCUCAAUUCGCCAAGUGGCGUUGCGUUCACAAGAUUUCUGCCACCACUCCUUCGCACAUGGCUCUAGUUGAGAUAGCAGAGGUGCUCGCACGUUACGCCUCUAUCUGUCAGCAAAAUGGCCUGGUACCAAUCGUCGAGCCAGAGAUUCUUCCGGACGGCGAGCAUGACAUAGACAGAUGCCGAAAGAUCACCGAGACCGUUCUGUCUUACUGCUACAGAGCCCUCAACGACCACCACGUCUACCUUGAAGGAACUCUACUGAAGCCGAACAUGGUAACUGCUGGGCAGGCCUUCAAGGGCAAAAAACCAUCGCACGAUGAAAUCGCGCUUGCAACCAUAACUGCUCUUCAACGUUCUGUUCCAGCUGCUGUUCCUGGAGUGGUGUUCCUUUCGGGAGGGCAGUCUGAGGAGGACGCCACCCUUAACUUGAAUGCUAUGAAUAAGCUAGAUACGAAGAAACCAUGGGCACUAACAUUCUCAUAUGGUCGAGCUCUACAAGCAUCAUGCAUGUCGAAGUGGUCAGGAAAGGACGAGAACGUCAAAGAUGCUCAGGCGGUGUUCAUGCAGAGAGCGCAGGCGAAUUCACUGGCCGCCCUUGGCAAAUACUCUGGCGAUCCGAAUGCCGACAAGGCUGCUUCACAGUCUCUAUUUGUGGCUAAUCAUGCCUAUUGA